CAUCCAUCAGCUGAGGAACAAGGUGUCAGAGGAGCAUGAGGUCAUCAAGAAGAAGGAGCUGGAGACUGGCCCCAAGGCCUCCUAUGGCUAUGGGGGCAAAUUUGGAACAGAGCGGGACCGAAUGGAUAAGUGUGCAGUGGGCCACGAGUACGUUGCUGACGUUGGGAAGCACUCCUCGCAGACGGAUGCAACCCAGGGCUUUGGGGGGAAGUACGGAGUCCAGCGGGACCGAGCUGACAAGUCAGCACUGGGCUUUGAAUACAAGGGUGAGGUGGAGAAACACUCAUCCCAGAAAGAUUACUCCAAGGGCUUUGGUGGCCGUUACGGUGUGGAGAGGGACAAGGUGGACAAAGCGGCAGUGGGAUUCGACUACAAGAACCAGGCAGAGAAGCAUGACUCUCAGAAAGACUACUCUGUGGGCUUUGGUGGGAAGUUUGGGGUCCAGAGGGAUCGUCAGGACAAGAGUGCCCUUGGCUGGGACCAUCAGGAGGAAGUGCAACCCCAUGCGUCCCAAACAGACUAUGCCAAAGGGUUUGGAGGCCAUUACGGGGUUCAGAAGGACAGAGUAGAUAAGAGUGCUGGUGGCUUUGAUGAGAUGGUAGCUCCCACCUCCUCGUAUGAGAAAACAAGACCACUGGAGGCAGCUUCCAGUAGCACCAGCAGUCUCCGGUCACGGUUUGAAAACAUGGCUAAGUCAGCAGAGGAGAAUAGAAGGCAGGCAGAGAAGGACCGGGUGAGGCAGCAAGCUUGGAAGUGCCAGGCCUCUCGGUGGCAGCAGGAAAUCCCACAGAGAGAGAAGGAGCACACAGAGACAGCCCCUGCCACCGUGCAAGCAAGGGUGCCUGGGAGUGCUGACCAAGACAGGCCUGUGCCACCAGGAGACCAGGAGGCAAAAAGGGAGGAUGAGGAAACACCACCCACUCUGCCUCCACGGCCAGCAGAUCUGGGUGAGGAGCUGUGCAAGGUCCCCAGCCAGGAUCAGCCUAUCUACUGUGAAAGUUUGGAUGUCGGUGGAGACUAUGAGGAGCUGCCAGAGCCCUCUGACUACUGUGACAGUACCAAUGGAGGUGCUGACUAUGAGGAGGUGCCAGCACCCUUGGGAAAGCUGGAUGCCAUCUAUGACCACGGAGGAGGUGGAGGUGAGGACUAUGAGGAGAUCCUUCCUGAGGACCCCAGCCAAGGCCAGUCCCACCUGGGGGAAAUAGACAAUGUUUAUGAGGUGGAGAGUCCUGGGACCUGUGCGGUGGCUCUCUACGAUUACCAAGGAGAUGGAGAUGAUGAGAUAUCUUUUGAUCCUGACGACACAAUCACACACAUUGAGAUGGUAGAUGAAGGCUGGUGGCGGGGGCAGUGCCGGGGCAAAGUAGGCCUCUUUCCAGCAAAUUACGUGAAGCUUCUGCAGUGA